AUGGCGCUUCCACUCAACUUCAUGACUAUCCAUCUCCUAGAUAACCAUAUCGAUAUGCCUUCGAUUCGUAACGGCCACCCCGGCCCUGCUUCGCACGACAUCCGCUCCAACAGCGUUAACGGCGUGAGCGUCACGAACCUCCCCGUUAUCGGUAAUGGCGUGCCGCCUCCGGUCGGCGUGGCCACUCCCCCUAAUACGCUCUUGAUUCAUCACAUCUCACAUGUUCUCUAUUAUCCGAUCAACAUCUCUGCUUCUGGUGUAUCGAAACGAAUGCUGACUCCACAAUCUUCUCAGUCUUAUCCCUCCGACGGCCAUGUUUCGAGUCAUCCAUUCACCCGCCUGAUCCGCUUCAUCUCUAGCGGUCGCGAAAUGUGGGGAGAGCCUGUCGACCAGUCGCUGGACGUCGGUAUGGCGUAUGCAAAGAACGUUCCCAUCUACGCCCACGUCCUCUCGGGGCACUCUCCCUGGACUCUCCAAGGUCGAACUGGUCAAGUGGUGCAAGUUGACGAGUUGCUCAGUCCCAUCUCGCCCAACCAGGCUGGAACCGUGCGCGCUAUCGGUCUCAGCUACGUCGACCACGCUCGAGAGCUUAACCAGCCCCUGCCUUCAGCACCUUCCGUUUUCUUCAAGCCACCUACCACCAUCGCCAACCCCGGCGAGGCUAUUCCCGUUCCUCGGUGCGCUCAACAUGAUGAGGUAGACUAUGAAGUCGAACUCGCUGUCGUCCUCGGCCGAGACUGCAAGAACGUCGCUCCGGACGAAGCGAUCGACUUUGUUCUGGGGUGGACAUGUGCCAACGACUUGACGGCAAGAAGGGUCCAGGAGACGAGCAGUCAGUGGGGCUAUUCCAAGGGCUUCGAUAAAUUCCUCCCUCUCGGCCCCUGCCUCGUAUCGACCGCACUCCUGCCGGACCCACGCGACCUCGUGCUCGAGACUCGGCUGAACGGAGAGGUCGUCCAGAAUGGUAGCGCGCGCAACAUGAUUUGGCCCGUCUCCGAACUCAUCUCUCACUUGAGCCAGGGUACAACACUCCCUGCCGGCACUGUGAUCAUCACCGGAACGCCGCCCGGGAUUGGCGCUAGCCGCGGAGUGUGGUUGCGUGAUGGUGACGAGGUCCGUUGCUCCAUUUCUGGUGGCAUUGGGUCCCUCGUGAACCAAAUCGUGUACCAGACGUAUCGACUGGCCGUCCAGAGGCACGAGGAACGGAAUGAGGCUGCGACAGGGUGGUGCGGACAUGCGGGGCUGAGAGGGCUCUGA